AGAGAGAGGGGGAGAGAGAGAGAGAGAGGGAGAGAUCGAUCUCCUUGAAUUAUUUUUAAAGAUCCCAGAAAAAUCUGAGAAAAGAAAAAUAUGAUAAAGAUCAUAAGGUCAGGUUUUUGAUAUUUUUGUCGAUAUUUUGUUAUGCAUGGUCGACAUGUACUACUUGUUGCGGAACCAAGCGCUAUUGAUUACCGGAGAAGGAUAGAGAUGGUCGAAGAGAGACGACGCGUUUUCUACCAUGUACGUGAAUGGCUCCGAUCUACACACCGGUACGGAUUUUGAGCUUGACCCGGAUUCUCAUCGACAUCGAGUUCACGUUUACCUUCACUUUCAUUACACUCGCGUCAUAACCAAAUAUCUAUCGGCAGAGGAUUCGUCCAAAGGUGAUGCGAACAUUCAUGAUUUUCUUAUUUAAUCUAAUUUCGAUUGUUGUCUAAAAAAAAGAAACGAAGAAAAAGACGGAAAAAAAAGUAAAAAGAAUUAAUUUCUUACGUUACCUUUUUUAACCAAUGUUUGUACUAUAUGUAAAGAAAAAAAAAAAAAGAAAAAAAAAAAAGAAGAGAAGAAGAAGAAGAAGAAGAAGAAAAGAAGCAAGAAAAGAAUAUAUAAAGAAAUGAGAGUGCAAAAGUUUGUCGUUUUUCUUUUUCUUUUAUUUUAUUCAACUUUUUCCUCUUGUGAUUUAUUUUUUCGAACGUAAGAGAUAUUUCGAAGAUGAAAGAUCAUUAAAAAAUAUACAAAGAAAAAAAAAAAAGAAAAGAUAAAACAAAUAAAUCUUUAAUAUCAAAUAACGGAGUAUUUAUUGACGUUACGUAUAUCGAGUAGUACCUUUCGUAUAAAUCGUUUUAAAGGCAAAUUGGAUCGGUUGAUAAAUUUCAAAGAAGAUGGUACCGACACUGUGAUAAGUGGUAAUUUGAAAGACGAUAAAGAGAAUAAAAAAAAAAAGGACCUCCCGUUAAAGCGGACGUCCUUGCGCCCUGUUUACGCCGACGCGAAGCGAUUCUCGUUCAUUGCGGCUGCGCAUUCGGUGAGCUUUUCAGAGCUUCGGGAGGGUAGCAAGAGAAAGAUAGAUAGAGACAAGCAGAGGUUGCUCUUCGUAAGUCGAAGCGUACAGAACUGGAAAGCAUUCUUUUGUUGGGUUCGCGACGUUCAUUCGUUCAUUCGUACCAUCUUGCAAAACGAGUUUUUAUUGGGGAAAAAAAACGCGUGACCACAGAAACAGUUCAGUUUAUUUCGUUAACGAGAAUUUUUCUUCCUUAUUGCAAAGAUUACUGUCUAUUAAUUUUUCUCUCUUUCUCUUCACCCCCUCUCUCUCUCUCUUUCCCUCUCUCUCUCUCUCUCUUCUAUUCACGGGAUUCUUUUCAAGUGAAAGAAAUCUCAAUAAGAAUCCUCAAGUUUCAUUUCUCUUGGCAACCAUUAGAAGAGAAAAAUUUUUCGUUAGUGAAAGAAAGGCUGCUGGGAGAGUUCAUUUGUAGAGCUCGUGGGAGAUAGGUGGAGCGUGUGUGCGCGUUUGUGUCUGUGUCUGUCUGUGUACGUCCUGUGUAUAUCUCUGCGUGUAUGUAUGUGUGAGAGAACGAGAGAGAGAGAGAGAGAGAGAACGAGAGAGAUCUAUCGAGAGAGGUUAUCGUACGCAAAGUUUCAAGCCAUUUUUCUCUUUUCAUCCUGCUUGUUUUGUUUAAAUCCUCAUCCAAUUGUAUCGUUUUAAACCUUGAAAGAAACAUUCAAUAGCAGAGAAGAGAUGCUCUUCCGAGAGUUUUGAACCGUGGCCGAAAGCGUCGAGGAACAUGAACACGGUGGGGUGUGCGUGAAUCGAGAGACAAAAGUUAGCUGGGUAAAAGUGUUUUUACGGGGCAAAAGUAGCCCGGCGAGCGAGCGGGCUCCGGGACUCGAGCAACAGGAAAGCACAAGCCCGAUGCCGGAAGCUUCGGGAUCGCGGGUGGUCGAUGAGUCGGAUUAUUCGACCUUUGAGAAUAAGACCGGUCUCGCCGAAGACAUGAAGUUUCUGGCGAGCAUGCCAGAACUUUGCGAUGUCACUUUUCUCGUUGGUGACACGAGAGAGCCUGUUUGCGCCGUAAAGGCUGUCCUCGCCGCUAGAAGUAGAGUUUUUCAUAAAAUGUUGUACCAAGCACCAAGUCCUCAACGGAAGAAAGAAGCGCCAACGAGAGAGAACAAGAUACGACUUUUUUUAAAGAGAAGCUCCGAACCUUUGCUGAACUUGCAAAACGCGGCACAGCAGCGAUCAGGGUUUACGCAGCAGCUGGCACCCAUACAAGAGCCGCAAUCGAAUCAACAUCAUACUCUGAUCAUCGAGGAGUUCGAGCCGGAUGUUUUUCGUCAGCUCAUCGAGUACAUUCAUACCGGUUGCGUCACUCUACAACCAAGAACACUGUUGGGUGUCAUGAAUGCCGCCGAUUAUUAUGGACUCGACGAACUUAGAAAAGCCUGUGCUGGAUUCGUUCAAUGUUGCAUAACCGUCGACACAGUUUGUGCGCUCUUAGCCUCGGCUGAACGUUAUAUACAAUACAAAUGCACCAAAUCUUUGGUUCAAAAGGUAUUAGAGUUCGUAGACGAACAUGGAAACGAAGUGUUGAACUUAGGAUCUUUCACGUUGUUGCCUCAACACGUUGUUCGUUUGAUUUUAGCAAGAGAAGAGUUGCGUGCUGACGAGUUUACCAAAUUUCAAGCAGCCUUGAUGUGGAGCAAGAAAUACUAUGACAGUAAUCAAGAUACACCGUUGAAAGAUAUAAUCGGCAACUUCCUUGAAUAUAUUCAAUUUCACAAGAUUCCAACAAAUGCUUUGGUAAAUGAUGUUCAUCCAUUAGGAUUGGUGCCCGAUGGUAUCAUCAUGAACGCUUUAGCAUAUCAGACCCAACCAGUGUCGAGCCCGGGAAACUCUCCCCCCCCAAAGUGAGGAAACAGGGCCGCAGUAUGUCGGUCCAAUCAUCCUUGGAACCAUACGGUAGCAACACGACUCUGAGCUCGAGCGGCUCUGACACUGGUUUCGAGCGCAAACAGCACUCUGGUAGCAACUAACCUCAGGCCACGGCCGCACUGA